AUGGCACCACUUCAACGAGAACUUACAAAACUUUUCAUCAAAUAUCCAAUCGAUCUCUCUCGUCAAAUGCAUUUUGAAAACGGGAUUGAACAAUUAUUCAAUAAAUCAUUUCUUCAACCUAUGCCUUCUGUACUUGAAGAGCGUGCACUCUAUGAAAAACAACUCAUUCUAUCAAUUAGAUAUCAAUUAAAUAAAGAUCAAUUGAUUCUACGGCGAACCGCUGAUGAAAUGAAUACAUAUUAUCUUGGUCGAUUGAAUGAAUUUAAUCAAAAAUCGAAUGAAUAUAUUCAGAAUUCAACUUGUUACGAACUAAUCGAAACAAUUAAUGAAAUUAAUACAGAACAACAACAAUUAGAAGGAAUUAUUCAAUUUAUUGAUUUACAACUAGAAAUAUUAUAUCAAAGAAAAUUGAUUAAAGAAGAUCAUUUAAUCAGAUUAAGUAUUGGCAAAAAAACAAAUAUCAAUCUUCCAUAUCUUUAUUUCUUACCAGAAACAAAUGAAAAUGUUUAUAUGUCAGUACAACCACGACUAUCGUCAUGUCAGCAUUGUCCAAUAUACACUCUAGCUACUUAUCUUAAUCAACUUCUUCGACCAUUAUUUGAUAAUUUUUCGCGAUCAACAACAUUUCUUAAUGGUGGUGAUUUCAUACAAAAACUACAAUAUUAUUGUAUACAACUAGAUCUUCUUCUACCGAAAACAUAUUUUGCAACAUUGAAAAUUCAUGAUUUAUAUACAAUGAUAUCACAUUCGGCUCUUCUUGAAGCAUUAGAUAUAUUUCUAGUAAAUCCACUUGUCAAUGGUCGACAUCAAAAAUUAUCAAGUGAUGCUAUUCAAGAAUUAACUGCAAUAGUCUUACGAAAUAAUAUUUUCUCUUACAAUGGAAAAAUCUAUCGAUUUAUUAAAGGAGGUCCAUUAAAUUUACCAUUACUAGAAUUAUUAUGUCAUAUUUAUAUGUAUCAUUGGCAAUAUUCAUUAGUUACACAUAUUUGUUUGAAAGAUGCAUUCUAUGG